AUGGCUGGUAGAACUGGGUCACCAGUCUUGGUCUGCCUUCUCGACCACGCGCGUCAGUCUCCAUUCCGUUUCAUUCUCUUAUCGAUAUCAUAUCAUUCAUCUAUUUAUACGUACGUCCGACACGACUCUUCAUUCAAGUUCGCAGAGCUGCAUCCGCUGCAAACAGUUUCGAAGGUUCGCGUCUUGGCAAAGCUGCCUAAAACGGAUCCUAAACUGUUCCCUUUCGGACCAAAGUCCAAUUUCAGGCCGGAUCUAGGAUAUGGGGGUGGACACUCUCCUCGUUCAAGUCCCGAAGUCAUUCGUUAUGAUACUUCGGGAGUUGAUGUUCUCAGGUGA